GAGACUGGAAGAGCUGAGCCUGGAUGAAUUCCUUGCUGCUGGCUCUGAGUCAGAGGCUGACAGUGGCUGUGAGGAGGAGGAGACUGUGAGGCAGUGGCAGCCGAGCAGCAAGGCAAGGCAGAAUGGGCAGGCACAACCUGCUGUCAGGAAGAAGGGAAAGGCAUCUGAACACAAGGAUCAGCUCUCCAGGCUGAAGGACAGAGACCCUGAGUUUUACAAGUUUCUGGAGGAAAAUGACCGCAGGUUGUUGGAUUUUGAUGCUUCAGACAGUUCUGAGGAGGAGGAGGAUCCACUGCACAGACCUCCUGACACACUGGAGGAAGCAAGUGAUGAAGAUGAAGAAGAAGAACAAGAAACAGUCAAAAGGAAGAAAGUUUCUUUCAUCCCUGUCAACUUGAAGAUGGUUGAAGGAUGGAAACAAGCUGCAGAGAGGAACCUAACCCCCAGACUCUUCCAUGAAAUCACUCAAGCCUACAAAGCAGCUGUGGCAACCACCAAGGGAGACAGUGGUGGUGACCCCAGCAAGUUUCAGGUCACUGAUGCUGCAGUGUUCAAUGCCCUUGUGUCCUUCUGUAUCCGAGACCUCUUUCACCACCUGCAUCAGCUGCUGUUUCCCAAAGCCCCAAAGAACAAACACAAGAUGGUUCUCCCUUCCAGCAGCCCAUUGUGGGGUAAGCUACGCCUGGACAUCAAAAUGUACCUUGGCUGUACCAUACAACUCCUGUCCUGUCUAACAGAAGCCUCAGUUGGUGCAGCAGUCCUCCAACAUGUCAACUCCACAGUGCCUUACUACUUGUCCUUCCCAAAGCAGUGCCGUGCCCUUCUCAAGCAAACAAUCACUUUGUGGAGCACAGGGGAGGAAACAGUGAGAGUCUUGGCCUUCCUUGUGCUGAACAAGAUCUGCCGCCACAAGAAGGAGGUGUACCUAAGUCCCUUGCUCAAGCAAAUGUACAUUGCCUUUGUGAAGAACUCCAGAUUCACCUCUCCCAAUGUCCUGCCCAUGAUCAACUUUAUGCAACGUACCCUGACAGAGAUGUAUGCCCUGGACACUCAGACCUCUUACCAGCACACCUUCAUCUACAUCCGCCAGCUCGCCAUCCACCUGCGCAGCGCCAUGACCGUCAAGAAGAAGGAGAAUUUCCAGUCUGUCUAUAACUGGCAGUACAUCCACUGCCUCUAUUUCUGGUGUCGAGUCCUCAGCACAAUCUAUCCCAGUGAGGUCAUGGAACCACUGAUCUAUCCUCUGACACAGGUCAUCAUUGGCUGCAUAAAGCUGGUGCCAACGUCUCGUUUCUACCCCCUGCGCAUGCACUGCAUCCGAGCACUCACCCUGCUCUCUGAGAACACCAGGACCUUCAUCCCAGUGCUGCCCUUUAUCCUGGAGAUUUUCCAGCAAGUGGAUUUCAACAAGAAGCCAGGACGGAUGAGUUCUAAGCCUAUAAAUUUUGCUGUGAUCUUGAAGCUUUCCAAUGCCAACCUGCAGGAAAAGGCCUUCAGGGAUGGACUUAUUGACCAACUCUAUGACCUGUUGCUUGAGUAUCUCCACAGCCAAGCCCACAGCAUUGGGUUCCCAGAGUUGGUUCUCCCCACUGUCAUUCAGCUAAAAUCCUUCCUGAAGGAGUGCAAGGUUGCCAACUACUGCAAGCCUAUCCGGCAGCUCCUGGAGAAACUGCAGGAAAACUCUGCCUACAUCUCCAACAAGCGUCAGAAAGCUGCUUUUGGUGUGGCCAGCAGGGAGGCUGUGGAACAGUGGGAGAAACAGGUCAAAGAGGAGGGGACACCCCUGGCCAAGUAUUACACUCAGUGGAAGAAGCUAAGAGAGAAGGAGAUACAACUGGAAAUCAGUGGCAAAGAAAGACUUGAAGACUUGAACUUCCCAGAAAUCAAGCGGAAGAAGCAUGAUGAAAGAAAGGAGGAAGAUAAGAAGGAAUUCAAGGACUUAUUCGAGCUGGAUAGUGACUCUGAGGAGGAAAACAGUGGAUUCUCUGUUAAAGGUAAAGGCAAAGCCAAGGAGGAAUCAGAUGACAGCUCAGAAGAAAGCAGCAAGGAGUAUGGUGAGGAGGAUGAUGAUGAUGAAGGAAACUAUGAAAUUGAGGACGAUGAGGAGGAAUUGGAGGAAGACAGUGAGUCAGAUGAGGAAGGAGCUCAGGAUUCCCAAGGGCCAGGGAAGCAGAGGAGCUGUCCCCGAGGGAUGUCGCGCUCCGACCUGGAGCAGCUCGCCCAGGGUGGGGAGGACAUCGUGGAGGACUUGGCGUUCUCUGAUGAUGACUGA